GGCCUGCGAGAUGCGCGAGUGCACAAUCACCGGUGUCGCGUUGCAAUCACAUUCGGGAUCGCUGUUACGCGAUUUCAUAGAAAUUCAAAAGUGCAACUCACACUAUUCGUCAGGUGCUAUUACCAAAGCAGCUACGCUAGCAAAAUUUAUUUAUAACAAAGUUUUGCCGGCACGUGCACAGUGUCCCGUGAACCAUACACCAACAAUCGCAAUCUGGUUGCAAAAAAGUUUGUCCAACUUUGGUUAAUUUAAUAACAACGCCAAAAUGAUCAAACAAAAGUGAGCAGUUUAACAUCAUCAAAGCACUAUCUACCAAUCACACGCCGCACUUUUGAAAAUCAAGCGAGGUGAUUUUGUAGGCUGAUCGCUUGUAAAAUCGAAAAACAUUAGUAAACAACAUGCUGGAGGCGUACUCAAGUGAUCUAAUAUGGUUGAUCGUUCUGGGAUUCAUCAUAGCGUUCGCACUGGCCUUCGGUAUUGGAGCAAACGAUGUGGCCAAUUCGUUCGGGACCAGCGUGGGUUCCAAAGUGCUGACCAUCACGCAAGCAUGUAUCCUGGCCACCAUAUUUGAAAUUGCUGGAGCUGUACUUAUUGGUUAUAAGGUUUCUGACACGAUGCGAAAAGGAAUUUUGGAUGUAUCGGUAUACGAAGAUUCCGAAGUAGAGUUGAUGAUUGGUUGCCUGAGUUCGUUAACUGCUAGUGCCAUUUGGUUACUGGUAGCUACUUUUUUUAAGCUGCCAAUCUCGGGCACUCACAGUAUCGUUGGAGCGUCUAUUGGUUUUAGUUUAGUCGCGAGAGGCACUCGUGGAUUGCACUGGGCUACACUGGCAACCAUUGUCGGUUCCUGGUUUAUUUCGCCUGUACUCAGCGGUCUGACAUCUGUAAUUAUCUUUACUCUCAUUAAAUACGCCAUCUUACGACGCGACAAUCCUGUCGAAUCUGGUUUAAAAUGGCUACCGGUCUUCUACGGCUUCACCAUCAUUGUAAACGUGUUUUCCAUCGUGCACGACGGUCCUAAGUUACUCCAUAUGGACAACAUCCCAUUAUGGGCUGUGUUUGCCAUCAGUCUUUCAGUUGGAGUAGUGGCAAUGAUCAUCAUUCUCAUCGUUGUCGUUCCCUGGCAGCGACAGUCCAUCAUAAAGCUAAAUGAAAAUCAACGGCGCGCCAACUUCACCAUGGGCGAGUCAAUAGAAAACUCCCCAGAGGGCAGCCCAAAGAAGUCAAUUAGGAACUCCCAGAUUAGCGAGCGCAAUCUUUCUGUUAUCAACGAAACGAACGAAAUGAGUCCGCUGGAUCCAGCCAAUGCAAAUAAGUACCAAAAGGGGAAGCAGUUAGCUAUCGUCAACAGUACCACGUCAAUGAUUACUGAAAUCAAUCCAACCCUCUCACCAAACUCAAGUGGUGUACCGCUGAUCAUUAACAAAAGUGUUGUAAAGAAGCAAAAUGAUGAGAGCAUUUGUGCUAUCGAGAUGCAGAAGAAUCCAGAGCUUCUUGAAGAGAACAAGGGUGUGUCGAAACUUUUCAGUUUCUUGCAGGUGCUCACUGCUAUUUUUGGUAGUUUUGCUCACGGGGGCAACGACGUUAGCAAUGCAAUUGGUCCAUUGAUUGCACUCUGGCUUAUUUACACCGAGGGUUCGGUGCAGCAAAAGAGUGAAACACCUUUAUUUAUUCUGUUGUACGGUGGUCUGGGGAUUUCGGUUGGUCUAUGGUUAUGGGGACGGCGUGUGAUAAAAACUAUUGGUGAAGAUCUGACUACCAUUACACCAUCGACGGGGUUUACCAUCGAAAUCGGCGCAGCGUUUACCGUUUUAUUAGCGAGCAAAAUCGGCCUGCCGAUCUCAACCACGCAUUGCAAAGUAGGCUCCGUGGUCUUCGUCGGAUAUUUCAGCUCAUCGAGGCAGGGAGUAGACUGGUCACUUUUUCGAAACAUCAUUUAUGCGUGGGUCGUUACCGUCCCUGUUGCAGCGUUACUUUCUGCUGGGUGCAUGUAUGCAUUACAGAAAAUAGUACUUUAAACUGCCUACAGCAAUUGCAAAGCAAAAUGCACUUAUCUAUUCUUCACUUUUCCCGCCAAUUUAAUAUUCGACUUACACGGCGCGCUGUUCCACCAAACUUCAGUAGCCGCAGCGCGCCGUGUACAUUCGACUUUAAAAUGACUAUUAUUUAUUGGUAGCAUGUUAAUUUAAUUACUUCAUUUAAUAUUUACUUACAUUCUUUUAAUUUAUUAACUCUCAUGGAUAAGUUCUUUACAUUAUAUUAUUUUUGAUCCAUACAAAAUACAGCAAUCGGUGUGUACUUAUUGUAAUUUGUUAUAACGUUUACUAUGCUUCGAGAAUUACGUAAACAUUGCAAAUGCAACAAGGGAGGGUACUGCGAGGGUACUCGGAACAAUUAAGACUAUAAGAAAGCUAAAACAAACAAGUAACUGUGAUUGAACUGUUAUUAAAUUCGAUCUAUGCAGGAUCAAGUAAAACCGUGACUAUACACAGCAGCGCAUAGCCGUAACAACCUGUGCACGAAAGUAAAAUCGACUGUCUGUGACUAAUUUAAUAUUAAUUAUCUCUUGUGGGUGAAAGAUUGUUAUUGAUUGACCUCGCAAAUCCUGAACGAUGGGGCAGAUUGCUACUGAAUAUAUGUAUUGUUAAAUGAAUGAAUAUGAUUCAUAAUAUUGUGAAAUGGAGAACGAAACCACAACUGUUAAAAAAAAAACGACAAACGAAAACAGGCAUGUACGGCAAACGCUAUAUUUUCGGUUGAUGUUCCAAAGAAAUUAUGUUUUAAUAAAGAUAAAAGGUCUAUUUUUUCUAAAAAAAAAUAUGAGAUACCAGAAGGGCUAAUGUAUGUAAAGCUAUCAAAGUACGAAAACUGGCUGUAACGUGACAUCAAUUUGAAACUGGUAUAACAAAGUCAAUCAAAGAGCAAGUCCAAAUGAUCGAAACGUUUAGUAAAAAAUAAAGAGUAGAUAUGCUUGCAUAAACUAACAAAGCUGACACAAUUUAUAACUACGCAGAUUUUGAAUAUGAAAUACACGCGAUUUUAAAUCAAUAUUUGUAACCAUCGGUCAGUAAACUAAACCACAACACAAGGCGUCAGAAGUACGAAUGAGUAGUUAAUGAAUGUACAAACUUAUGCGAUACGCGAUUGCACAAUACGUGCAUGAAAUGCGUUUUUGAUGAAGCGGAAUUGAAUGUCGACGCGACCGUUAGCUGCAGUGGAUGUUACAUAACUAAUUGUUACAAAUACUUACAAUUAACGAUAAAUGUGUACACUAUAACAUUUUGCAACAACAUGUUGCAUUAUUCAGAUGUAAUACAUGACAAGUGAGAGAAGAACCACAAGUAUGUUACAUAUUUAUAUUUUCUUGAAUGUAUGAUCUCUCGAAUUUUGGAAAAAUAAAUUCGCAUCCAUAUUAAAAACA